GGGCUGAGGGGGGCAUCUUGAAGAGGGAUGAUUCAGUGGAAUGUCUAUGAAUGGGGUCGUCAGUUGAGGUGUGAGCAGAGAACAAACCCAGACGGCAACAACGGACUGUCUGUGGGUUUCUUCACCAAAAUAUACAACAAGGACAAAGUAAAAACACUUACGGAUCAUCUGGCAGGUCGUUAGGUGACACCCAGGUGUGAUCACGAACACGAAGUGAACUACCAUGGAAAGUUUUCGGUUUGCACUUUAACUUUUAUCGGUUCAGAUGUCUCGAGCCUCUGUGAGUUGUUAAUUUCCCGGGCUUUUGUAGCGGGGAUGUUGUUGACACUCUCCGUCACGGCGCUCGUGCUGUGCGCGUGGCCGGUGAGCCUGGCGCACGGCUGCCAGCUCCCCACGGAGUGGCGGCCACUGAGCGACGGGUGCCGCGCAGAGCUGGCGGAGAUCAUCAUAUACGCGAAGGUGCUUGCCAUUCACCGGGAGCAGUAUCACGGUGGGGCGGGGAGCCUGUACAACUCGCUCCCCUACCCGUACGGCUACGGGUACGAGGGCGCGGAGGAGGGUCUGCUUUAUUCGGCGGAGGUGGAGCUACUGUGCGACCAGGCCUGGGGGAGCAUGCUGGAGGUGCCAGCGGGCUCCCGGCUCAACCUCACCGGCCUGGGGUACCUGUCGUGCCAGUCGCACACGGUGAUGGAGAACUACUCGUACAUCUUCUUCCUCCGGUAAGGAUUCACGUAAA